CCGACCUUAUAAAUAAGAGCGCAUAUUCGCGCCGGGCCUCUUUUCCACAGUAUUAAUUCAAGGGGAUAAUUGUCGUGUUAUUUUAGUGAGCUAACUCUAAAUUCAGAAUGCCGGAAACCUCAAAAAUGAAUGGAUAUGCUAAAACAAAUGGUCACAGUUAUGAUAUGGAAGAUGGAUCUGUGUUUUUAUUUACGUCGGAAUCUGUCGGCGAGGGUCAUCCAGAUAAAAUGUGUGAUCAAAUAAGUGAUGCUAUCCUUGAUGCGCAUUUGAAACAAGAUCCUGACGCCAAAGUUGCUUGCGAAACUGUCACAAAGACGGGAAUGAUUUUGCUGUGCGGUGAAAUUACCUCCAAAGCCAAUGUUGAUUAUCAAAAAGUAGUCAGAGAAACAGUGAAACACAUUGGUUACGAUGAUUCUUCCAAAGGGUUUGAUUACAAGACAUGCAGUGUGAUGCUCGCACUAGACCAGCAGUCACCGAACAUUGCUGCGGGUGUGCAUGAAAACAGAAAUGAAGAUGAAGUUGGGGCUGGGGAUCAGGGGUUGAUGUUCGGCUAUGCUACAGAUGAGACAGAAGAAUGCAUGCCACUCACUGUAGUACUUGCUCACAGACUCAAUCAGAAGAUUGCAGAACUAAGAAGGAAUGGUGAAUUUUGGUGGGCUCGACCUGACUCCAAAACACAGGUGACCUGUGAGUACGUUUUUGCAGGAGGUGCAACAGUCCCUCAAAGAGUGCACACAGUUGUUGUCUCACUUCAGCAUUCUGAGAAGAUUGCAGUUGAAACACUCCGUGAGGAAAUUAAGAACAAGGUGAUAAAUGAAGUCAUUCCUGCACAAUAUUUGGAUGAAAGAACUGUUAUACACAUCAAUCCUUCUGGACUCUUCAUAAUUGGUGGACCACAGUCGGACGCGGGCCUGACGGGUCGCAAGAUCAUUGUGGACACGUACGGCGGUUGGGGCGCGCACGGAGGCGGCGCCUUCUCCGGCAAGGACUUCACGAAGGUUGACCGCUCGGCCGCCUAUGCCGCUCGCUGGGUCGCCAAGUCGCUCGUGCGCGCAGGCCUGUGCCGUCGCUGUAUGGUGCAGGUCGCCUAUGCUAUUGGUGUUGCUGAGCCAUUAUCUAUCACUGUCUUCGACUACGGCACUUCACACAAGACGCAGCAAGAAUUACUUGCUAUUGUACAAAAGAACUUUGACCUACGACCAGGAAAAAUAGUCAAGGAACUAAAUCUCCGAGCACCAAUCUAUCAGAAAACAAGUACAUAUGGACACUUUGGCCGAGAGGGUUUCCCAUGGGAGAGCCCCAAACCCCUUGUCGUAGAUUGACUUGUAAUGUGAACACCUAGAAUAUUGUAAAUAUUUCAUCAGUUUAUUUUGAACUCUUUGUCUACGUGUGUUUCUGUAGAACGAGAGCCAGGCCGCCAUUGCUGACGACUCUCUAUAGACAUAGACUAUUAUUAUUUGUUAAUACGACCAAUCUCGCGGAUGAUAGUGACAGUGUUGACCAUUUGCCAUUCUUUGCGCGAUUCAGUUUAUUAUUAAGUAUUCUUUAAAAUUUGAUUCAUGGCCGUAACGGGUGCCGUCAUUUAUGAAUUUGAGUUAGUUCGGGACAAACGAGGCAGUCCUAUUCAUGUAAUAAUUUGCCUGCCAUAUAACAUAUCUGUAUUGUUUUUAAAUUGUAUCCCGUUUUUUUUUCUUGUUUUGUCACAUUUUACAUUGACAAAGUUUCGCAAUUUAAACAAUGGACUGCCAAUAUAUAUCUCGAAUGAUUUUCAUUGUGAGUGAGCUUGUGAUAAUGUUAGUGCUAUGAUGUUCCUGUAGAGUAGACUACUUUCUCGGUUGCGUCACAGUAGAGCGAGUUAGAGGGACGAUGCAAUAUCGUCUCGCUUUUUCUCGCUUUACUGCAAAUAUAGUACUGUGGAGUAAGGCAAUAUUUUCAGUCUUAAGCAUACUAAUUACUACAUAAGGUACUAAGUGUCGAAUACUUAGUUGUAAGUGCACCUAAUAAAAAAUAGCCCGCGUCGCCUUCUGCGCAGUACAAUUUGUGUUGUGUUUCUGAAAAGGAUUCGACGUGGAAAAGAGCCAUUUUGAAAACACACCGACUCAUCCGGGGCAGUAGUACACUGUGCAUUUAAUACAAUAUCGAUUAUGAUUCCGCCAGUGAUAAGCGUAGUCGUAAUAUCUCUACAUUAAAUGAAAUUAUCUAUAAAAUUAUCCUAGACGUUCUGUAGGGCGGGUAGAGUUCAUUUCGAUUAUAUUUUUCGACCUGUUGAAGUUUGUAAUUCCUAAAUUCUGUGUAUUUUCAAUUUGUCUGAAUGUGGAGUUUUAAACUAAUAUUAAACUGUGUUUUCCCGGCACACUAUCGGGAAUUUGAAA